AUUCAAAAUUUCAUCCACAAAAUGAUGACUGCAUGAAUAUUUGGAUCAUGAUGAAUUUCGUCAUUAUGGGACAAAAAUGGUUCAAUAUGUGGCUGAUUACUUAGAGAAUAUUGAAGAAAGAAAAGUUUUUCCAAAAGUGAAACCAGGUUAUCUGGCUAAGCUGAUUCCAGACAAAGCACCAGAUGAACCAGAAAGUUGGGAAGAAAUUAUGCAAGAUGUUGAAAAGUUUAUUAUGCCAGGGGUUACACAUUGGCAACAUCCACGUUUCCACGCGUAUUUCCCUUGUGGCUGUUCAUAUUCUUCAAUAUGUGCUGACAUUCUAUCAGCUGGCAUCUCAUCAAUUGGAUUCACUUGGGUUUCAAAUCCAGCUUGCACUGAAUUAGAAGUAGUUAUGAUCGACUGGAUGGCAAAAAUUUUAGGCUUGCCAAAACACUUUCUAUUUGGUAAAAAUAGUGGUGGAGUAAUUCAGGGCAGUUGUAGUGAAUCAACACUAGUGGCGUUAUUGGCUUCACGUAAUAAAUCUAUUAAAGAAUAUCAAAGUUUUCAUCCAAAUGCAACCAAUUAUGAAGCCUUAUCUAAACUUGUCGGUUAUUAUUCUGUUCAGGCACACAGUUCUGUUGAACGAGCUGGUAUGAUUAGCUUAAUAAAAUUAAGAGCUAUCAAAUCGAAUGAACAUUACGGAAUGGAUGUAGAGUUAUUAGAAAAAGCCAUUGAAGAAGAUUUUAACAAUGGACUUAUUCCAUUUUUUUGUUGUGCAACACUGGGAACAACAGCUACCUGUGGAUUUGAUAACUUGAAGGAAAUUGGACCAAUUUGUAGUAAAUAUGAUAUUUGGCUACAUGUGGAUGCAGCCUAUAGUGGUUCAGCGUUUAUAUGCCCAGAAUACAGAUAUUUAAUGGAAGGAAUUGAGUAUGCUAUGUCGUUUGCUUUCAAUCCACAUAAAUGGAUGCUAAUAAAUUUUGACUGUUCCAUUGUAUGGUAUCGUGAAUUGAACUGGAUCAGGAAUUCCUUUCAUGUUGACCCACCAUAUCUGAAGCAUGAAUUUCAAGAAAAUGCUGUUGAUUUUCGACAUAUGCAUAUUCCACUGGGUAGAAGAUUUCGCUCCCUGAAGAUCUGGUUCACUCUGAGAAGAUAUGGCGUAAAGAAACUGCAAGCAUAUAUUCGUAAUCAUAUUGAGUUAGCGCAUUACUUUGAAGAACUUAUGCUACGUGAUGAACGUUUUGAAAUUAUUGCUGAUGUCGUAUUGGGUCUUGUCUGCUUCCGACUGAAGAAUGAUAAUGAAUUGACAAGACAACUUUAUCAUGAUAUUGAAGAUGAUGGCAGAAUUCAUUUAAUAUCUUCUGAAUUCGAAUCACCAGAACCAUUAUUCUUUAUUCGUUUUGCUGUUUGUUAUCAUUCACCUAAUAAACAACACGUAGAAUAUGCUUUUAAUGUUAUCAGUGAAUUAACUGAGAAAUUGUUAAAUUCAAAAACUUGUCACAAUAAUAAUAAUAAAAUAAAUGGGGAUUCCUGA